AGAUGCAUUAGAAAAUAACUAAUUGUAAAUGUCCAGUAUAAAAUGAAAAUCUUACAAGAGGAGCUUAGAAGGAGUUAACGAAAACCAUGUUGUGUUGGAGAGCAGAAUGUAUUCAUAACAGCCAAAACUUUGGUUUGAUUACUUUUUCACUGUAAGAACAUGGUACGACCCAAUAAUGGUAAAUAUUAAAUAGUUAACCGACCAUAAUUAACCUCACUGGAACUCUUAAAGCUCCGCAAACUCUACCAAAGUUCUUUGGAAUACCCUAAGAUUAAACUUUUUGCAUAUUUUUUGUCUCCAAACAACUGUCAAUUUUUCCUAUUCCACCACAGGACAACAAAUCAUUUGAAAUUUUGAAACCCAACACUGCGUCCAUUUAAAUGAUAGAUAAUCGAUUUUUUCCUGGAAAAGUCUUAAAGACCAGCGGAUUUCCAGGAAUUAUGUCCCUUGCCUCAGAGUGGAUACGAGACGACUGUUUCACGUGGAAGGGAAGGCCUAGUGGCUAGUUGUUACUCCUCAGAACGAAGAUAUGCCAGCUGAAAUGUUACAUAUGUGCUAGCCUCAUUAGAAUUUUUUUUUGCAUUUUUCAAACUAUGCAAUUAACGCUGGCAAUUUUGAAGCCGGACAUUUGCAUCCAUGGAAAUAGAGUCCAGAAAAUUUUGAGUUUGUUAAGAUCUAAUGGAUUCAGUUGUUUGCAAUCAAAGAAAAAAUGGUUAACACAUGAAGAAUCAGAACAAUUCUAUGCUAUUCAUAAAGGCAAAUUCUUCUACAAGAGAUUAACAACAUUUAUGAGUAGUGGGGAGAUGAUAGCCUUAAUUCUUGAGAGAGAGCAUGCUAUAUCCAAGUGGAGAGAAAUGUUGGGUCCAACAAGUCCAUACAGAGCACGUCAACUACAACCAUAUUCAAUACGAGCGCUGUAUGGAAUCUCAGACACACGCAACGUAGGACAUGGGUCAGAUUGUGACAACACUGCGCGAAAGGAAAUUGGAUUUUUCUUUUCUGACUUUGACUAUGAUGGUUGGAAAGUUCAGUAUGCUAGACACAUUGUGUAGCAAACAACGGGAAAUGCCACGUUAGCUUUCGUUCUUUGAGGAUGCUUCUUGUGUGUUAUGUAUGGUUGCUUUCGAACCGAAAAGCUAGCAAUUGCACUCUGCAUGGAACAUUGUUUAUAUCGUAUGUUAUUGAAAACCUCAAAGGCUGCUAGACUUCAAAUGAAUAAUUAUUUUUAAUUUUCAAUUUCACUUAAUGUAACGUAAUUCAAU